AAAUGGAAGUAGUGAGAAACACUACCAACAACAUACCAUGGGGGUGUCCUCUGGUUUUGAGUGUUGUGUCUUCAUUUGAUCUCAUCUGUUUUCUCCAAAACACUCUCUACUCCUUUCUACGCUUCCACUGGUUAACCUAUGUCAAGGUUUUACUCUGCGCAAUAGCACUCGGCCUUGUGUACUACUAUUUAAUCCUUCCUCAUGAUUGGAUACGGGACCUGAGUGAAGUGGGGUAUGACUACCUGCAGGAUAUGCCUCAGUACAGGGCUCGAAGGAAAACUAAGCGAGACUUGGUUAAGGAGGUGAGGCGACGAAGACAGAUUGGUGACCUCCCCCCUGUCUACCCCAACGGCUGGUUCGCCCUCCUGGAGUCCUCUAAUGUGCGUCCUGGCGAAGUUAAAUACGUUGAAGCUCUCGGUGAAAACUUUGCAGUAUUUAGGAGCAAGAGUGGUGAGGUCUACAUUCUAGAUGCCUACUGUCCCCACCUUGGAGCCAACAUGGCUAUUGGAGGAGUGGUAAAAGACGAAUGCCUCGAGUGCCCAUUCCACAGCUGGCAGUUCCGUGGCGAAGACGGAAAGUGUUCCAGUAUCCCUUACGCAGCCAAAGUUCCUAGUUUUGCCAAAGUGAAGAAAUGGACAAGUCGUGAAGUGAAUGACUACAUCUUUGUCUGGUACCACGCAGAGGGUGAGGAACCAUUCUGGCAAGUGGAACCAGUCACGGAGAUUGAGAACAAGAAGUGGUGGUACCGUGGCCGCUCAGAGUUCCUCAUCAAUUCUCACAUCGAGGAGAUUCCUGAAAAUGGAGGUGAUGUAGCUCAUCUAAACGCAAUCCAUGCUCCGUCAGUGCUCGGUGGAAGUGACCUCCGCUACUACGAGAAGCUGUGGGCCAGUUUCAUCCGACACUCUUGGUCCGCUACUUGGAAACAGCACAUGGAGGAAGGAGAGGAACACAUCGGCACUAUGAACCUCGACCACAGCGUCAAGUUGUUUGGAAGCGUCACCCUCAUGUCAAUGCACGUCACAGCAAGACAGGUUGGGCCAGGCUAUGUGUACAUGGACAUCGAUACAGGCAUUGGACACAUUGCUGUCACGCAAGUGGUCACCCCAAUAGAGCCUCUACUGCAGCGUGUUGUACAUCGAGUCUACUCCCCACCUUUACUUAUGCUGUACGCCACCAUCACACUCAUCGGAGAGGCCAUCAUGAUCGAAAGAGACAUCAUGGUAUGGAACCACAAGAAGUAUGUAAAACCACUUCUCGUCAAGGAGGACCACACAAUCGGAAGACACAGACGGUGGUACAGUCAGUUUUACUCCAAAAACAGCCCAAAGUUUACCUUUCAACAAGAUAAUCUCGACUGGUGAAGCUUUUUUUGUCUUGAAACUCUGAUAUUGCACCCUUUCAGUA